AGUAGGAGGGGAGGAAAAACGAAAUAAUUAAAUAAACAAUAGGCCUUUUGCGCGUACAAAAGUAGUCCCCCGCAAGCGGAAGGAAAACAAACCAAAAAACAAUACAGUCAGUAAUUAUAAAAAGAAAACCAAAAUCUUUCCCAAAAAUCGAAGUCGGAUCUCUCGCUCUCUCUCGCCUCGUUCUUUUUUUUCUACCACUUCACCCCGACCGCCACCGGGUUUCUCCCACUUUCACGGACGGUACAUUCUCCUCCUCUUUCCAUUUCCGCCUCCGCCCGCCGGAUUUUUCUCUGCCGUCGCCUCCUUCGCCGGAGCGAUCUGAACUGAUACUUCCAAGCAAGGGGAGCUUUCUUGUGCUGCCGGCGGCGGCACGAUCCGUUUCGUUUCCUGUACUUCCUUCCGCGUUUUCUGCGAUCUUGUUGGUUCCUCCGUCGUUCUCGCCUUAUCCAUCGGUCUCCGUUCCUCGUGAUUGUUCCCGUCGGUAAUUCAAUUUUGCGAGUCGAGAAUCAAGCCAGCGGAAUUACGACCUGUAGGAGGAGGGGCGAUCGGAGAGGGUGAAUAACAAUGGCGGAGGAGAAGCCGAGCAGCAAGGUGGAGAGUGAGUCCAAGGAGGCGGUUAAUGCCGAUAAGAAGAAGCGCAAGGGGAUUAUGUCUAGGGUUUGGAAUACUAUUUUUAGGCUACACGGCGGCGACGAUUUUGAGAAGCGGCUGAAAUACAUUUCUAAGGAGGAAGCUGCUGUGUUAACCAGAAUGAAGAAGCGAUCUCUCACUUGGAGGAAGAUGACCAGGAACCUUAUUGCCUUCUCGGUUCUAUUCGAGGUAAUUGCGGUGGGCUAUGCUAUCAUGACUACAAGAACAGAGGAUUUGGAUUGGAAGAUGAGAGCAUUUCGCGUUAUGCCGAUGUUUCUCUUGCCGGCUUUCUCCUCUAUUGCUUACUCUGGUUUUGUGAACUUCACAAAGAUGUGUGACCGCAGGGACCAGAAAACACUAGAGAAGCUUCGGGCUGAAAGGCAACAAAAAAUUGAUGAGCUGAAAGAGAAGACCAAUUAUUACACCACCCAGCAACUCAUUCAGAGAUAUGAUACAGAUCCAGCAGCAAAGGCUGCAGCUGCAAGUGUCCUGGCAUCUAAGCUGGGUGCUGAAUCAGGGUUGAAGUUGUAUGUUGGCGAAGAAUCUGGUUUUACCGAAUCCACAGCAAAAAGCAGUGAUGCUGAGCUUGUUCAAUCAAGCGGUCUUCGACACAGAAAACAAGGACAAGUCAGAUCCAGAAGUGCGGGGAGCACUCCGGUGCAUCCUUCCAAUGAUAAUACACCACGAUCCAUGCUAAGUGAAGGCCCCAUUUCCGAGCAAGAACUGGUUGUUGUCGAGCAUCACAACCCCCAGGCAGCUCCUGUGAGUGAUGGGGGAUGGAUUGCUCGGUUGGCUGCGUUAUUGGUAGGCGAGGAUCCGGCUCAUUCUUUUGCACUGAUAUGUGGCAACUGCCAUAUGCACAAUGGGCUUGCUAGGAAAGAGGAUUUCCCAUACAUUACUUACUACUGCCCGCACUGUCACGCCCUCAAUCAGCCGAAGCAAUCAGGGACUGUUUCUGGUCUCAGUACCCCUAACCUGAAUACUUCGAAACCCGGAGGAACAGUUAUAAUUGAAGAAGUCAUUGACGAAGCUAUUGAUCCCGACUCUCCUGCAACAGAAAGUGUUGUUACGAGCAACAGUGCCGUUAAAGGUGGUGCCGCCCCUGAGAUUCAGGAACUAGCUGGAAAGGCAGCCGCUGAUGAAUCGGCUAGCUGAAGAUCCGGAUGUACAUUGUGAAUGGAGGUCAGAUUUUGUUGUGCUAUGGCCAUCUCUCUCUCUUGUGGGAUAACUUGACCUUGAGUGCUGAACUUGUAAUAUGCUUGGCUUGUGUAAUGGAACAACUCUCGAGCUUUUCUUUGGUGAAAUUGCUUUAGUACUCUUAUGACAUUUAAGAAUAUAUACAUACACACAAAUAGGUCGACGUGGGUCUGUAUCUUGCUAUCUCGUUCGUUUACUUUAGAUCGAUGCUCUUGGCGUCUAUACAUCACAGAUUUCCAGCUGCUUCUGCAGGA